UAGUCCAGCGUUUUACGUAAGCGGAAGUGUUUUCGGCGUACGUGAGCUAGGGUCACAUUGUAAUGUUUUGAGAAACACCAGCCACAAUGGAGGCAGUUAACACAGAGGAGGUCCAUCUGAGGCAUGUGGAGAAGGAUGUGGUGAUCCCCAAGAUGAUGAGGGAGAAAGCAAAGGAGCUCUGUGCUGAGAAAGUUGAAGCCUUCACCAACUGCUGUAAAGAAUCUGGUUUAUUGAUGGUGUUUAAGUGUCGGGAGCAGAAUGCUUUACUGAAGGAAUGUCUGACGUUACACUACAAGGACCGUGCAUUCUUCGAGGAGUGUAAGCAGGAAUACAUCCGAGAGAAACUGGAGUUUGAGAGGACAGGGAUCCCAAAAAAGAACAGGACACAAAAACUCCCAACUAUGUAAUGAACAACAUGACACCCAAACAACAGCCCUCCUUUCAAUAGGAAGGUGUGGAGUGUGAGGCUGUGGCCAUAACCAGUCCAUAAGUCUUGUACACCUAGGAUACAUGGUAAUCUGGCAGAAUUUAUGACUUAUUACUGGGGUACAUGACUGUAUUCUAUUUAAAUUUGUGGAAUAAGUGACUGAAACUACUUUGGUGUGCAAGAGUGUCAUAUAAUAAUUUUUUUAUGAUCUGUAUAUCUGCAAAAUGUUCUGUCAAAUAAUCAGAAUCAAGUUCCACCUUUGAAUCAGCAGCAUUUACAUUAGAUUUACCAAUGACUUUUUUGAUUGAUUUGUAGUGUGUUUGUUAGUGUGUCCAUAUAUGCUCAUCUUCAUCUGGAAAAGAAAGUGUAUAUCAACAUACAAAGAAUUUCAAAAAGGCACUUGUACAGUGUAUGAACUGUGUAAUCAUGUGAUAUUGUAAAUAAAAACAAUCUUUAGUACCAUUAAAGUCUAUAUCACUGGUAAAGUGGACAAAACAUGA